UACGGAAGCUAACGUUAUUCUGCACUUCACUGAAGACUAUUUUACUAAACAAAGAGCUAUUUUCUAUGACUUGUAGUUGUAGAAGAGACAGAUCAGCAAUCCCCUGCUGUGUUUUUAUAAUAAACAAUUAUCAUUCAGUCACACAAGAGCUUCAGAAAUAGACAACAGAAAUUGUUAACAAAAUAAUGGAAACUGGUGAUGUUAAAACAUUUCAUCAGUGUGUUGUAUGUGAUGAGGUUUUUAAACAAUAUGAAGAUUUAGAAAAACACAAUAAGAUACAUGUUAAAGAAGAGAAAACUGAUGAUGUAGAUGGAUAUUGUCAUGUUAAAGAAGAGAAAACUGAUGAUAUAGAUGAAUAUUGCCAUGUUAAAGAAGAGAAAACUGAUGAUAUAGAUGCAUAUUGUCAUGUCAAAGAAGAGAAAACAGAUGAUAUUGAAACUGUUUAUCAGUGUAAUUUGUGUGAUGAAGAAUUUAAAUCUUACACUGAUUUAGAAAAACACUGUGAAAUACAUGUUAGUCAGCAAGGGCAAACAGGAGAUAAACGAUAUAAAUGUGAUGUUUGUAGUAAAUCUUUCACUGCCAAUGAUACUCUACAGACCCAUAUGAGAAUUCAUACCGGGGAAAAACCUUAUAAAUGUGAUGUUUGUGGUAAAUCAUUUACUCAGACUGGUCAUUUGCAGAACCAUAUUCGAAUUCACGCUGGUGAAAAACCUUAUAAAUGUGAUGUUUGUGGUAAAUCAUUUAGUCAGAAAGGUAGUCUACAGACACAUAUGAGAAUUCAUACUGGUGAAAAACCUUAUAAAUGUGAUGUUUGCAGUAAAUCAUUUACAACUAGUAGUCGUCUACAGACACACAUCAGAAUUCAUACUGGUGAAAAACCAUAUAAAUGUGAUAUUUGUAGUAAAUCAUUUACUGCUGGUGGAAGUCUACAAAGACACAUGAGAAUUCAUACAGGUGAAAAACCUUUUAAAUGUGAUAUUUGUAAUAAAUCAUUUACUACUUGUAGUAAUCUACAGCAUCAUACCAGAACUCAUACAGGUGAAAAACCUUAUAAAUGUGAUAUUUGUAGUAAAUCAUUUUCUGAUAGUAGUCAUCUAAAGAAACACAUGAGAAUACAUACUGGGGAAAAACCUUAUAAAUGUGAUAUUUGUAAUAAAUCAUAUACUACUAGUGGUAAAUCAUUCACUACUAGUAGUAAUCUACAGAGGCACAUGAGAAUUCAUACUGGUGAAAAACCUUAUAAAUGUGAUGUUUGUAGUAAAUCAUUCACCACUAAUGGUAAUCUACAGUCACACAUAAGAAUUCAUACUAGAGAAAAAAACGUUUAAAUGUGAUGUCUGUAGUAAAUCAUUUUCGGACAGCAGUAUUCUGCAGAAACACAUUAGAAUUCAUACUGGGGAAAAAAAUCUUUUAGAUGUGAUGUUUGUUAAAUUAAAAAAGAGUAAUCAAUAAAAUG